CAAAAUGGCAGGAAAAGCUCGUGGGGCGCGGCCGCCGCGCGCCGCCGCCGCCGCAGGACGAAACGCUCAUACUGCUGAUAAUUCUACUUCUGGGAUGAAUAACAAUCAUGCUAGUUCUGGCAUGAGGCUUACCACUAGAGCAGGCGAUCACGCUUCAGUUGACGAAGCCGGUCAACACUCGACUGCGAAGAGCAAGAAGGGGAACAAGCAAGGAGUAGUAGACCAUCAUAUUAGUACACAACAUAUUACUAGAGGAACAAGAAGUUGUGAAGUAGGUAUAACAACUACUGCUUCAGGUUCAUCUGCAGGGGGACCACAACCACUGCAUCAGCGCCUUGUUGAUCCUUUGAGGUUGAAAAGACAGCAAAAGAAGCAGCAACUACAGCAAAUGAUGGUGGCCCAUCCGAAGUUUAGAGACGUGGGUUCGCGCAUUCUAGCUGUGCUCGAGUGUGAGGAACUAGCUGAGCAAGAGGUAUUAGUCGAUUACAAAGCUGGGUUUCUAGGUCCUGAAUUGGAGGGUAUGAGGCGUGGCCGCCGUUUCUGGGACCCGGAAAGCAUAUUCAAGUCGAUCCGACAGAGGUUGGAAUUGCUACCUAGUUUUUGGAGGACAGGAAGAAGCACUACAACUGCUAAUGAGAUAGAAGUAAGUGAUGACGACGAGAAAGAACAAAGCGGAAAACAAGAUGGACGCGGCUCCACAUCUUCCGCUUUUCUCCAUUUGGAUGCUUUUGAACAAGAAGCUUGUCUGUCUAUUUGCACAAGUACGGUGGGAGACUCUUCUUCCUCAUCGUCAACAUCUACUUCUACAAUAACAUCCAGAGGUGGAGGAGGUCCUAACACAGCAGUGAAGAGAAGGAGUGAACAGGAUACGAUGAUGCUGAUGAAAAUUUUCUCGGGACUCAGCAUACUCGAGCGUAUUUCGAGACUUGUUGUUGCACCUUCUGCGGUACAACCUCCAGAGCUGAAACUGUCGUGGAAGUUUUUCAGCAGAAAUAGUUCCUCUAGUUCGUCUACAAGAGCUUCUUCUUCAUCAACAACAACAUCAAGUGAACCCACUUCAAGAACUUUAGCAACUUCAUUUUCGGAACUAAGCUGUUCCUCUUUAGAUGAAGUUGCUGACGUGGUUGCGAGAAAUUUACUGGUGUCAACGUCUGCGGCUUCUUCAUCAGGCAAUGGCAAUGGCUCCUCCCCGAUCUGUCCCACCUACUGGCUGCGUGAGUUGUGCAGACAGGGGAUUGCUAAGUCGGAGCUUCUGGGAAUGGUUGUUUUACCUAUUAUCACGAAAAAAGGUGGAUCAGCUAUAACACCUGGCACAGCAACAACUCCAGCUUCUUCUGCACGGCCACGAGGACCUCCAUUCUUGCAAGAAAUAGAGCGACUCAGAAUUCUUUUCAGUAAUCCGAAUAAACCCGUAAACGCGGCAACUCAUAAAAAUACUAAGAGGUCUUCAACCGGAAGUGAGGUUCAAGAGCCUGAGCAGGACAACGCGAAGGAGCGAAAAAGCGGUCGUGGUACAGUUGUAGCUCCUUCGGCCAAAGCGAAGCAAGUGUCUGCCUCUUCAAAAGAUGGAGCUAAAAGACGAAAGAUGGCCUCAGCAAAAGAAGCAGAGGUGGACGAUGUAGCACAAGAUGAAAAUGAAGAGGAUGAAGAACAAGUACUAGAUGACCAAGAAAUACAAGCAGGGGAGCACCAGUUUCGUUGUGAUCACGGAGUGGUGCUUUUUGACACCGACAAUGCGAUCAGGAAUGGAGAAGGGUUUUCCUGCUCAGCAGUCGGCGGAGCAUCGUCCUCGAGUAGCAGUAGCAAGGUCAAGGACGUAGAAAAGAAUGAGAAAUCUUCCAGAAAGACUCCACCUGCAACUCCAGGUCCUGGAUCUAAAAAACGUGGAGCUGCAGGAUCUAGCUCCAAAGAAGGUGUAGCAGCUUCCGUUGAAGCUCGUAAUGACGAGAAGAACGUUGAAGAGGAUGAUGUGUUUGCUGCUGCCAGACGGAUCUUUGAAGCGGCGAAUCGAGAAGACAAGCAGAUCUUCCGGAUUGGUGAAACCUUAGAGUUUGAGUUUACUUUUCAUCUUAGAAAUGGCAACCCCUCAUCUACCACGAGAACCGAACAACUUGCGCAGUCGAAACUUCUACAACAACUCUGUGAAACUAUCCACCAAUCGAUGUUGAGGACUCUGUCGUCAGCCUUGCGCGUGGGUCUUGCGUGUCAAAUGGCAACAAAGCUUGAUGAUUUGGGAUCGAAAUCAAAGACCACGAUUGGGGAAGUGCUGUUUGCAGCCUCUGGAGAUGAUAAAAAUGAACACAGGAGUAUUGCAACAGGUUCUGCACCCACUACCACAAGAACUUCUAACUUCAAGUCAGCACCACAAGGUGGAGCACAACAACAAGGUUCUUUGAAGAUGAAAAACAAAACCACUAGUACUACAGCAACUUCUACUAGUAGUAGCAGUUCUUCAUCAACGGCGCAACUACUUGCUCAGGCUCACCAGUCGUCUUCAACAGCAAUUGGACCUCCAUCAGCGAUAUUAGACUCGAAAGUAGCGUGUAUCUCAAUAGCAAGAGACUUGCUGGUCGAUCCUGGAUUUUUCCCUUUGCCAACUGACGUCACUUUGCGUUCGACAAAUGCUGCUGGGUUUAAUAUUUGGACGUCUAAGCCACAGCCAUCUACAUCAUCCUCGCCAUGGACGCUAUCCUCUGCUAUCACUUCAGAGAUGUCUGCAUUGAAAAAACGAUUUAACAAAAUCGAACACGACUCUGCUGCAACCGCCUAUACUGGUGGAUCUGACGUCCUUGAUGGUUGCGGAUAUAUCUGGUUGCAAAUCGAAGAGCAAACAAGAACCUUGUCUAGUCCUACAUCAGCGGCACUGCAGAGGAUCAGUUGUCAACCAGCAAGCAAAUAUGUUUCGCUACAGGACUUCAGGUCAGCCGUGAGUAAUUUUGGCGAUCUUUUCCUAACGGAAACCGAAAGGAAGAUAUUGACAAGACUGUUGGCGUGGGAAAGUAGUCAGAAAUGAAUAUGACAACUCGGCCACAAGAGCCUUAGGUUUUCUACAAGGGUCGAAUGUGCGGCUCUUCGGAUAGGAGUAGAACUGUUGGCCUAACAUUCCCUUUGCAUUCGCUUCAUCUCAAUAACCUGUACCCAAGUUAAGUACCCUUCAAUUUCUGACCAGGAUCCAACUCUUCCUUGUAAAAGUGAAGGUGGUGAAGGAGCAAGGCAUUUCCAAAACCGAAAUUUGCAG